AUGACGUUUGUAUUGACAGCAGGCAGCGAACGUCAACUGACUGAAACGAAACUACAGUAGAUUGAGCGCUGAUUUGGAGUAUUGAGUUGUUUGUCUAAGCUGUUGAACUCUGAGAAGACAUCACUGAUACUUUAACUAAUAAAUAUGUGAUUAGAUGCUCUGCAUUUUUAUCAAUCUUUCAGGCACUCAGGGGCUCAAUGGAAGAUCUUGUGAGAUCAUAUAUUUUUGCUGCAUGCAGUAGAUAAGUAUCCAUAUUUUCCAAGUCCAGGUAACAAAUCAAGCCAAAUGGUCCAUCAAACGAAAAGUGAAGCAUCAAUGACCGAACCAAUUUUUUUCCAACCUGAAAACUCGACCAAUGAGAAAUUGUAUCAUGAGGAAAAUGCUAUUGACACAUCAGUCCAUUUCAAAUCAGCCGUGGAGCAUCAGCAAGAAUACAAAUCCAAACUGAAAAUCAAAUUUCAAUGCUUUCACCAUGACUUGUCUAGACAGACGCAUCCCACGUUGCUCAACGACAUCUUCACAGAGCUUUACAUCACUGAGGGGGAAAGUGAUAUUGUCAAUAAAGAGCAUGAAGUGAGACAGAUCGAAACUGCAUUGAGGAGACAAACCGCAGUGGACGUUUCAGUCAAAUGCAACAACAUUUUUAAACCCUCACCAAAUGAACCCAAAGCCAUCAAAUGUGUACUGACGAAGGGAGUGGCUGGCAUCGGCAAAACUAUCUCGGUGCAGAAAUUCAUCCUGGAUUGGGCGGAAGAAAAAGCCAAUCAGGAAAUUACGUUUAUUUACCCAAUUCCGUUUCGAGAGCUGAACCUCAUGAGAGGGAAACAGUUAAGCUUGGUUGAGCUUCUCCAGCAUUUCAAAAUGGACUGCAGAGACAUUCACGAAAGGCACAAAGUUCUCUUCAUCUUUGACGGUCUGGAUGAAUGUCGCUUUCCUCUGGACUUCCACAAGAACGGAAGACUGGGCAACCCAAAAGUGGCAACAUCUAUUGAGGUCUUGCUGACAAAUCUUAUCAAUAAGUCCCUGCUUCCUGAUGCCCUGAUCUGGAUAACAUCUCGUCCAGCGGCCGCCAGUCAGAUCCCUCUCGAGUAUAUUGACCUGGUGACUGAAGUUCGAGGGUUUAAUGACCCACAGAAGGAGGAGUACCUCUACAAGAGCAUCAGUGAUAAACACCUCACUGGACGAAUCAUCACACACUUGAAGUCAUCGAGAAGUCUGUACAUUAUGUGCCACAUCCCGGUCUUCUGUUUGCUGUCGGCGACUGUCCUUGAGAGAAUGUUAAACGUAGCAGAGGACGGAGAAAUCCCCAAGACGCUAACUCAAAUGUACAUCCACUUUCUUCUCAUCCAAACCAGAGCUAAAAACAUGAGAUACUCUUACAACCCAGAACCGAAUGAUGAGGACAUGAUUUUAAAACUAGGCAAACUUGCUUUUCAACAGCUUGUAAAGGGAAAUCUAAUAUUCUACGAAGAAGACCUGAUGGCUUGUGGGAUUGAUGUGAAAGAGGCUGUUGUCUACUCGGGUGUGUGCUCUCAGAUCUUCAGAGAGGAAUCAGCGCUGACCCAAAAUAAAGUCUACUGCUUCAUCCAUCUGAGCAUUCAGGAGUUUUUGGCAGCUUUGUUUGUGUAUUUCAUGUUUAAGAUCAACUGUCACGACGUUCUCGAUCAUAAAGACCACAAUGUGACUGAUCUUACAGAGGCCACAGUGUUUGAUUUGCAUAAGAGCGCCAUCGAUCAGGCCCUCCAGAGCGAAACCGGACACCUGGACCUUUUCCUCCGUUUCCUUUUGGGCCUGUCGUUGGAGUCCAAUCAGAGCAUUUUACAAAGCUUAGUGUCCCGAGGUGGUAGCACAAGCACAACAUCUCACAGCGUAGAGGAGACUGUUGAAUACAUCAAGAAGAUGAUAGAAGACACCUCGUUGCCGGAAAAGUCUAUCAAUCUCUUUCACUGUCUGAAUGAACUGAACGAACUUUCUCUGGUCAAAGAGGUUCAGCGCUUUCUGAGCUCAGGGCAUUUUUCAAAACUUUCCCCAGCCCAAUGGUCCGCAUUGGUCUUUGUGUUAUUGACGUCUGAGGAGAAGCUGGAUGUUUUUGAUCUAAAGAAGUAUAUUAGAACAGACGAAGGUCUUACUAGAUUGCUGCCGGUGGUCAAAACUUCAAAAUGUGCUUUACUGGAUAACUGUGGACUUACCAUGAGAUGUUGCAGAGCUCUUGCCUCCGCUGUGAACUCGAGCACUUCAAAUGUACGAGUGCUGGAUCUGUGCAGUAACUCCAUAGAAGACAAAGGCCUGGAGCUUUUGACAGCUGGCCUAAAAAACAAACAGUGUAAAUUAGAGGAACUAAGGCUGUCAUACUGCAGAAUCACUCCACGAGGCUGUUCCAUACUCCAGUCAGGACUACUUCCAAAUCUUCCAAACCUUAGAGUGCUGGACCUGAGUGAAAACAGUCUCAGAGAAGCGGGUAUUAAGAUUUUAGCAAGUUACCUCGGGAAUCCACACUGUAAGCUUGAGAUAAUGAGACUGAAGGACUGCAGAGUCACACCCAAUAGCAGUUUUGCAAUUGCCUCAGCUCUGCAGGCCAACCCAUAUCACAUGAGAGAACUUGAUCUUCAUUGGAAUAAUCCAGGAGAUGAUGGUGUGGAGAAGUUGUCUGCUGUGAUACAAAAUCCACUCUCCAAGCUGGAAACGCUUUGGCUAAGUUAUGGUUUGCUCACUGAGAAAACUUGCCAAGCUUUGGCUUCAGCCAUGAUGUCCAACUUCUCUACUCUGAAAGCUCUAGACUUGAGCGGCAAUGCUAUACACGACAGUGGAAUAAAAAUGCUCUCAAAUGGAUUUAGAAGCCCAAAUUGUCAACUGGCUGUUUUGAGAUUGGCAUUGUGUGAGAUCACGGAGAUAGGUAUUUCUGACUUGGCCUCUGCACUGGUUUUAAACCCUGUUUCACUAAGAGAGCUAGACCUGAGACAUAACCUCAUAAAAGAUUCCGGACUGGCAAGACUUUCUGAAGUAGUGGAGAAAUCCAGCUGUAGGCUAGAGACGCUGCGUUUGGGGGAAAGUGGAGUCACAAAGGAAGGUUGUGCUGUUCUCGCAGCAGCUCUUAAGUUAAACCCCUUUUAUCUGACAGAGCUGGAGAUGAGUAAUAAUGUUCUCACAGACACAGGGCUAAAGCUCCUCUCUCCUGUGCUGAGGAACCACAGCACCAAGAUCAUGAAGUUAGAUUUGAGUCAGUGUGGUUUGACUAUAGACUGCUGUGAUCCACUGGCUGCAAUUCUUGGAGAAAGAUCCUCAAGUCUUAAAGAACUGAAUUUGGGGGGAAAUAAUCUGCAAGAUCUGGGAGUAAAAAUCCUUUGUGGUGGAUUAGAAAAUGCACACUGUCAGAUAGAGAUUUUGAGGCUGUGUAACUGUGGGAUCACAGGGGAAGGUUGCACAGGUUUAGGCUCUGCCCUGAGAUCUAAUCAGUCACAUGUAAUAGAGCUGGACCUGAGUGAAAACAAUCUUACAGAUUCAGCCGUCAGACCUUUAUCCGUUUUACUGGACAAUCCAGAGCAUAAACUUGAGAAACUGAUUUUGUAUUAAUGAACAGAUCAGUGGAUACCACAGCAUGCAUCAACAUUUCAUGAACGUUUAGCAGAUUGCUGAGAUACCCAAUGUUACAGAAAUGGUGAAAUAUGACUGUUCAUUUUCUUGUAAUUGCCAAAGGACACAUUUAGAUGAAACCUUUUAUUUUUAUAUUGUUUGAAUAUUUAUGCUAAUUUAUUAUAUUCUUCCAUCACAUAUUCAGCAGUAAAUUAAUGCAGUGAUCUGGUGAUCCUGUUGUUGAUGCAAAAGAUCUACACAUAGCAUAUAUUUCAAGAGAUUUUCAACAUUUUAAAUCCUGAAAAGGUUAGAGGUGAUUCAUUAGCUAUACUGUCAACACUUUUCACUUUCUGUUGGUGUGUACACAUAUAAAUAUUGUACAUAUAUGUGUUUACUUGGCGUUACAUCUUCUUUCACUUUAGUCAUGCAAUGUGUGCAGGACUGAACAAGUAAAAUACUAUGAUUAAUUCAUAGAUUCUAUAUUGUACACAGUAUUAUGUUCCGGUUAGGUAGAGGAGCUUGACAAAGCCUUUCAACUUGGUUAAUUGUUUUUAAAACAAAGGGCAGGGUUGUGUUUGGCUGGAUUUACAAAUUACUAACUUGAAAAUGACUUCACAGAUUUCUCAGAAUUGGAUCUUGUCUAAUUUUAGGCAAUUAUAAAGACUACUACUGUUUAAAGCGAUACUCCACCCCAAAAUGAAAAUCAUUUACUCACCCUCAAGUUGUUUAAAAUCUGUAACAAUUUCUUUGUUCACAAAGAUAUUUGGAACAUUUUAAUAACUGACAUUGCUGGGACAUAAUUGACUGCAUAGUAGAAAAUAUUAUUGUAUGAAAUCAGAUCAGAACAGAGAAGACUGUAAUAAAUUGUUAUGGUAAAAAUAAUUCUACAAUAUCAAACCACAAGCUGCUUCUUAUUCGUUACGA